CGUUGCAUAUUCUCCCUUUUGCAUCACCUGUGGGAACGUGGCCAAAAAAGUACUGCUUCAUUUUUAGAACUCGCAGAAAGUACCUCUGGCGCCCGCCCUAUAGAUGUUUUGUGAUACCGACACUUCUGCAUGUCUCUGUGCUCUCUUUAGGGAUCCCAGGCAAUUUUAACACGUGACCCUGGUAGUCGCUUUUGCUCUGGCCAUCGCACUUUAUAACCCCGCGACAAUGUCAAUCCGAAAUUUGUAUAGCUUACCAUGAAGCUCAUAGAUUCACACAUUCACCUUCUGGCACUAGCCAAUCAGCAGAACAUGAAAUGGCAGGCCGACCAUCCACUCCACAAACAGAAUCGUUUGGACGAGUAUGUUGCCCAGUUGCACGACGUUGAUGUGCAAAUCGACGGCGUGGUUGCAAUCGAGUUUGACCCCAAAAACAAAGAUCCCACCACCUUAGAAGGGUGUCAGCAGUCAGUGGAAGAGUACCUAUACUUCGGGCGGGUGGCCAGAGGAGAAUUACGUCCAGAAGAAGGUUCCAACCAGCAUGCUCAUUUGCUUAAAGCUGUUAUUCCAUGGGCUCCAAUGCCUCUGGGACCCGAGCUCUUGGAACAAUAUGUGGAUAGUCUCAGAGAUUCGAGUUUCCACCUCGUGAAAGGAUUCCGAUAUUUGCUUCAGGAUAAGCCAAAACAGGUGAUGCUCCAGCCGCAGUUUAUCAAGUCGUUGAAGUGGCUUGAAAAGAACAACUUUGUGUUUGACUGGGGCAUUGAUUUGAGGUGCGGAGGCACUUGGCAGUUUGAAGAAACCAUCGACCUCUUCAAACAAGUUUCGAACGUCAAAUAUAUCAUCAACCACAUGACAAAGCCUACGUACAAGGAUGAGGACAUUGAGGUUUGGGGCAAAUAUAUGGCGGAAAUUUACCGGUUGAGUCCUAAUUCGUAUAUGAAGUUGUCGGGAGGAUUCAGCGAGUUACCGGUGGAAAUAAACGAUGAUCUUGAAAAGUGUGCCGACCUUAUCUUCCCAUGGUUCAAUGUGUGCUGGGAUCUUUGGGGAGUGGACAGGACCAUCUGGGCCAGUAAUUGGCCCGUUUGUGAGCUUAAGAAGAAGAAUGUGGUUGCAAAUUGGGCCAAGGUGACGGAAAUUCUCUUUGACAAAAUCCACUUGCCACAGGAGGAUAGAUACAAGGUUUACAAUACCAACUAUAAGGCUGCGUAUAAUGUAUAGACAAGAACGAUAUUGGCACUAAUCGACCACUCUAACUCAACCACAAUAAUUAAACACAAAAGGCAUAACAUAGAAUAUAGACUUCUCUAACCCAUCCACAACAAGCCAAUGCCAUCAUACUUCCUUGACCUUGGCCAUGCUCAUUUCGUAGGCAAACCCAAUGGUCAACUUGGUAUGUUCUUUGACAUGGUCAAAGUCGAUUCUGUCGAUAGUGUCCAUCACCGAGUGAAUGUACUUGCUGCUGUAGCGGAACUCGGACUCGAUGACAAAACUGGCAGGGUACCCGUGUUCAAGGGCAGAAGCAUGGUCAGAACAAGCAUAUCCACAUUCGGUGGAGUGGUAUGGAAUAGCACAAUAUGUCUCAACAAUCAUCUUGAUGAACUCGUUCAAGGAAGGAGAGGUAUAGUCUUCAAUCAAACCCAUAUGAAUAUCAUUUGGAUCCAUGUUUCCAGUAUAACCGGUCAUAUCUUGCUGCAACAAGCCAAUGACAGUUACGUUUGCAUAAUAAUAUCUGUCAAAAACGUCGUAAGACCCCAAUAAUCCUCCUUCUUCAGCAGAGUAGAAGUGAAACUCCAACGUCUGGUGUGGCUUGAAAUUUCCAGCCUUGUAAUCUUGUAUCAAGAUUCUAAAGGCUUCCAAAAUGGUGAUGGUUCCGGACCCAUCGUCAUCAGCUCCUGGUGCUGGCAACAGGUUGGGCAAGAUCAAAUUGGCCGAGUCUUGGUGAGCUCCUACCACAACCUUAGUAUCUACCGUUCCGGGAAUAGAUGCAAUCAACGAGAAUUGGUCCCAACCAUCGUGCUUAACUCUCAGCACAGUGACAUCGGUGUCAGCAGCAAGGUCCAAUAAGCGCUUUUCCAACCAUUCGGCACUUUCAACCCCAGUAUUGGACUUGUAGUAUCUUGUGUAGAAUGACGAGAACUCAGCCAAAUUAUCAUACAUCAAUUCGGAGUCUAUUUGUGUAAUAUACUCAUUCACCUUAUCUUGGUGCACGGCCUUCUUAGGAUAAUCAUACACUUUUGGAGUAAUUACUUCACUGAGCUGCUUGGAGCCAAGGAGGGCAAACGAUUUCAAUAAAGAGCUGUCCUGACCAACUGAAACAAGCCCGAGAUUUCUAGCUUCAUCUAUAUCGAUUUUGUUGGUGAUAUCGAUGAAGUUGACCUUGUUUCUCUUAUACAUUAACUUUGUGUUUUCAGACACAAACUCAAAGUUUUCAGGACCCAAUUUGAUCAAUCGAGUGGGCUCUUGGCCUUUACCGAACACAUCGAGGAGUGGAAAGCUUGUAGCUACAACUACCAAUGCAAUAAAUGAGAGCUUCAUGGGGGUGACUGGUUUAUCUUUGCGCAUGCGCAUUCGCAUUCGCAGUCAUUGUAGUACGGCUCCAGCCAGCUCCGAUGUUCAAAUAGCAAGCAGCAGGAGCACAAGUAUACGUUUGUUACACCAAAGUUCAAGGAACCAAUUGUAUAUUUACAUACUAGAGCUCUAAGCUCGGUGGACAUUUACCCAAGCUCUUUGAUCUUUUGUUCGUACUCUUCUCGUCCCAACCUGCUAAAUGCAAGUCUUUUAUACACAUAAUCCCCAGCCUUGAUUGGCUUGUACUUUGGACCUUCUGGACCAACACAUGUAGCUAAAGGUUCGAUGAUCGUGGAAUACUCAGUUCCCACGAACACUGGAAUCGAGUAUCGUUCUUUUCCUGUGACGUUAAGAACGCGAUGCACGGUAGAGAUAAACACAUCAUUAGACCACCGGGCCAACAUAUCCCCGAUAUUGAUGACAAAGGUAUUUUCCACAGGAGUAGCCUCUAUCCAUUCUCCGGAACUGUUCAACACCUGUAAAGCAGGAACAUUUCCCUGGUAUAAAAUAGUGAAACACUCGAUGUCUGUAUGAGCUCCAAGGCCUAAUGUGUCUUCAAC